AUGAGAAGUUUGAUGUAUGCUCAAAUUUGCACUAGACCAGAUAUUGCCUAUGCAGUUAAUGUUCUUAGUAGGUUUCAGUCGAAUCCAAGGCAAGAGCAUUGGAAAGCAGCUAAGAAAGUUAUGAGAUACUUGAAGAAAACUGAAGGUUACAUCCUCACUUUCCAGCAUUCAAAUCACCUUGAGGUGGUAGGCUACUCAGAUUCUGAUUUUGCUGUAUAUCAAGAUGAUUUGAAAUCGACCUUAGGUUAUGUUUUUAUGCUAGUUGGGGGUGCUAUUUCUUGGAAGAGUGUUAAGCAAACUCUGGUGGCAUCUUCUACUAUGCAAGCUGAUAAUAGUGCAGUGGUGUUCUUUUCAAAGAAUAAUAAAAGUUCUAGUGGAUCCAAGUACAUUGACAUCAAGUAUUUGGUGGUCAGAGAUAGAGUUAAGGAAUGGCAGACAAAGAUAGAGCAUAUUAAUAAAGAGGCGAUGAUUGCAGAUCCUUUGACUAGGGACUCGCUCCUAAUGUUUUUAAAACACAUGCUACUAAUAUGGGUAUUGUGGAAACUUUUGAUGUUUUUGGUUAGUGGGAGUUACUUAUGUAAAAAUAACUAUGUUUUGGCUUGA